AUGGAUGUCGAAAGCGCCAAAGGCAUCGGGCGCAUGAUCGCCGAGGGGUACGUCGCCAACGGCGCCAAGGUCUACCUCACGGGCCGCGACGCCGGCGCGUGCUCCGCCGCCGCCGCCGAGCUCGCGCCCCUCGCCUCCCGCAGCGGCGGCUCCGUCCACGCCCUGCCCGCCAACCUGCAGGAGCUGUCCGAGUGCGAGCGCCUCGUCGCGGACCUGACGGCGCGCGAGCCCGGCGGCCUGCACGUGCUGCUCAACAACGCGGGCGCGUCCUGGGGCGACAGCCUCGACGCCUACCCGGACCACGCCUGGACAAAGGUCCUCACGCUCAACCUGCACCGCGUCUUCACCCUCACCCAGCUGUGCCUGCCGCUGCUCGAGCGCGCCGCCCGCCCCGGCGACCCCGCGCGCGUCAUCCACAUCGGCAGCAUCGACGGCAUCCGCGCCCCCACCGUCAGCAACUUUGCCUACUCGGCCAGCAAGGCCGGCCUGCACCACCUGUCGCGCGCCCUCGCCAGGGAGCUGGGCCAGCGCGACAUCACCAGCAACGUCCUCGCCUGCGGGCCCUUCCCCACCAAGAUGAUGAAGGCCACCCUCGACUCCUUUGGCGACCUCAUCAAGAGCGAGGUGCCCCUGCGCCGCAUCGGCAGCCCCGAGGACGUCGCCGGCUCGUGCAUCUACCUCUCGAGCCGGGCCGGUGCGUACUGCAACGGGGCGCUGAUACGAGUCGAUGGCGGUGCGUCGCUCGCGUCCAAGAUCUAG